CAAGAAUGGCGAGGAAACUCCGAUGAAGAAGGUCGAUGAAAAACUCGUCCCAAAGACCGAGGACGAAUUUGAUGCCGAAGACAUCAAAAAGGUGGAGAACUAAGCCAAGGCAAUCAACAUGUUGUACUGCGCGAUCAACCCAGAUGAUUAUCACAAGAUCUCUUGCUGCACCACUGCCAAAGAAAUGUGGGACAAGCUGGAGGUCACAUAUGAAGGUACGGACCAAGUUCGGGAAGCCAAAAUUGACUUCCUAACGCAGGAGUACGAGAUGUUCAGGAUGAAGGAAGGCGAAAAGAUCGAUGACAUGUUCGAUCGGUUCUCGAAAAUCAUCAACGACCUUCACGCUCUCAAGAAGACGUACGCCAACAAGGAUCUCGUGAGGAAAAUCCUGCGGAGCCUCACACCCGAAUGGAGAUCAAAGGCUGACGCAAUCUACGAAUCCAUCAGAGUCUCCAAUGUCACCAUCGACGGGCUAAGAGGUAACCUCAAAACUUAUGAAUCCACUAUUCUAACCCCGUCUUUGGAUGAACAAAAGAAGAAGGGAAUAGCACUGAAAGCAACCAAGGAGACCGUGGAAGAUGACUCAAGCGAUGAUGACAACGAGUUCGGACUCGUCAUCAAGAAGUUCCACAAAUUCAUGAAGAA